AAAAAAUGGGUUUACAAAUGACUAAAUGUUGUUUCUGCAUUCCGCUGAAAGCUGGCGUUAUAAUUAUAUCAUUGCUUUGGCUUUUCGGAGGAUUAUCCUUAACUAUAUUCGGAGUCUUGAACUUUAUCCUGUAUGUGAAGAAUAAAGAAUCAAAAGGAGCUUCAAAGGAAUACUCUACUGCCGCUACAUUUGUUUUCAUAAUGGUUGUCAUUUAUACAUUUAUUACACUCGUAGCAGCAUUUGGAUUGUACGCUGCAAUUUUUUCGAAAAAGUAUAGAAUGUUGAAAUUGUACUCUAUAUUUGGUUACAUCAUAGUAGGACUUCAAGUUAUAAUAAGUACAUCAGUAAUUGUUAGUUCAAUAAUUUCAAAUGGUGGAUGUGCAAAUUAUUCAGGAGAAAAUUCGUAUGUAUGUAAUCAAAUAAGUUCCUAUAAAUUACCAUACGAUAUUGUUUCUGGAAUUUGUUUAAUUCUUUUAUCGGUAUACUUUUCUUUAGUAAUUUCAGCUUAUGCACGUAGAAAAAAGGAAAAAGAAAUAGCAGUUAUUAGUUAUUUAAAUGAAUCACCCGAUCAAACUAACCAUAAUUUAGUAGUUGCAAAUUAAAAAAGAUACAUAUUUUUGUAUUUUCUCUAAAUUUCUGCGGUAUUAUAAUGAGAUAAAACAUUAAGCAUUUAAUGCGGGUCAGGGUGCCGAAUGUUUAGAAUAUUU